GUUCUCGCUAUGCCGCAUGCGUUUGGUUUUGGACAAAGCUGUGAAGAGAAAGGAGAGAAAAGACCAAAGGCCCUGGAGGGCGCUUGUUGCAGGCACUUCGGAGCUUAGCAGAAGUUGUAAAGUUGUCUGAUCGUCUGAUCGUGAAGCUGCGGUGCUGGUGACCAUGGCGAGUACAGCGGUGCAAGGGAACGGAGGCCUUUCUGGAGCAAUCUCUCCCAACGGGACAAAGACAAGGGCGGGUAAUCGGACAUCUGGAGGUGCCGAGAAAGAUGCUGACAGCCCCCGUCUCUUUGUAGGGCAGAUUGGCAAUAAGCCAAAUGAGGCGGAAUUGAAACAGUUGUUUGAUAACAUUGGCGAGGUAGUGCAGUUCCAAGUACUGAGGGACAAGAAGACUAAGCAGACCAAAGGCUGCUGUUUUGUGGCUUACCGCACCCGGGCAGAUGCUGAGAAAGCCAUAGCGUCGCUACACGAAAAGCAUACCAUUGCGCCAAACCGGAAGCCACUGGUGGUACAAUAUGCCGCUGGAGAGCUGGACAGGAUAGAGAACAAGCUGUUCGUGGGGUCCUUGCCUCGUGAGCUGGAUGAGGCAGCGCUGAGGGCCCUGUUCAGCCAGUUUGGCACCGUCAAGGAGAUCUCGGCGCCCAGGCAGCCCGGUGGCCAAAGCAAAGGUUUCGGCUUUGUGAAGAUGUCGGUGAAAGAGGAGGCUGCGAAGGCUAUCGAGGGGCUCAAUGAGAAGCAUACGAUGCCGGGCCAAAAGAAGCCGCUGGUGGUCAAGUGGGCUGACACCGAGGAGGGGCGUGCUCAGCGGAUGGCGGCCAAGCAGGGGGCGCCCUUCGGAAGCCCGAUGCAAGGGCCAAUGCAAGGGGGUUUCCCCAUGGGCCCCAACAUGGGCAUGGGCAUGGGCAUGGGAGGACCGAUGGGCGGGCCCAUGGGGGGCUUCUCGCCCAUGCGGCCACAGGGGGGGCCCUUCAUCCAACAGCCUGGCAUGAACUUCUCCCCACAGCAGCAGCAGCAACUGCCGCAGCAGAUGGGUGGCGGGCCAUCUCCUGUCAUGGCCAACUUCGGCACCAUGGCGAGCCAGGGCUUCAUGGGGCUCCCCUCGAACAGCCCCCCCCUUGCAUUCAACGCCCGCCCCGGCCUGCUCUCUGGUCCGGGAUCCAGCAUGCUGGGCAGCUUCGGCGUCAACCAGAUGCAGCCGCAACAGCAGGCGCCUCAGCAGGCGCUGCCCCAGCCAACCCAGACACAAGCAGGCAUCUCUUCCCCCAGCCCUGCGCAAGCUGCCCCAGGCCCUCAGGGGACGAUGAGUCCCGCCUUCGUGACCAGGGUCCCUGGCCCCACCCCUCCCACGGGCCUGCCUGCCACUGCCUCUGCCGCGCAAGUAGCGGCCACGGUGGCGGGUACGGCGCUGGGCACCCCAGGUGCGAGCCUGUUUGUCUACCACCUCCCUACCGAGUUCCGGGACAACGAUCUGAUGACCACCUUCUCCCCUUUCGGCAACCUCGUCAAUGCCAAGGUCUUCAUCGAUCAGAACACGGGAGAAAGUAAAGGCUUUGGCACUGUGUCUUUCGACACCCCUGAGGCAGCCGAGGCGGCUGCGUCGGUGCUGGACGGUUUUGCACUUGGGGGGAAGACUCUCAAGGUUCAGGUGAAGAAGGAAGCGCCAAAGCCUUACUAGGCAUCUGUCGAGGGGUAUGUUCAUUCGUUGGGUACUAUCUCACCCGUCAAUAGUUUCAUCGCAUCCCGCGGUGUCAGCAAUCCGGCAGUAGACAGCAAGGCGUCAUGCGAAGGUCGUUGUCCUUCUCAGACGUCCUUGCAGUAUUCGAUGAAGUUGCAAAGUUGGUUGGGACGAUGAGCCCAGGCACCUAUGGCGUUCAUGACAGCAGGGGCCGUUCAGCUCUACUUCCUUGAUGUUGUGGUCCAUGCUUUUGGUCCUCUCAUGGGUUCGCUUCAG